AAACUUUGUUUUCCCCACAACAGUGUUGUGACAAUUGUUGGCAUCAUGACACCGAAAGAAACUCCUUCCGUCUCGAGAUUGUCAGAUGGUUCAAUAAGGGAUAAACAAGCUAGUGAAUUGGAGAAUGAGAAACUCAAGUAUCCAAAGUCGGUAUUCUUCAUUGUCACUAAUGAGUUCUGCGAGAGAUUCUCAUACUAUGGAAUGCGAACAAUUCUGGCGUUGUACCUUAAAAAUAAAUUGGACUAUAGUGAUAACACGGCUACUGUCAUUUAUCACAUUUUCACGAUGUUCGUGUACUUCUUUCCGUUACUUGGUGCAAUGCUUGCGGAUUCUGUACUUGGAAAAUUUAGGACUAUUUUUUAUUUGAGUAUAGUCUACGCUUUGGGUCAGAAUAAUCAAUCCAUAUUGAUGGAGCCUUUCGCCCUUUGGGAAGAUCACAACGUAAAAAUCACAGGAAAUCAAUCAAUUCCAUAUUUUGCUAAUUUCUCAGAGUGCGGUGGAACAGAAGAGGCUAAUGGAUUCAUUACAGCUGUCGAAAAACAAGCAACGUCAUAUGUAAUUGAGCCUUCCUUUCCGUACGCCUACAAGGAUCACAUAAAUAAAAGUGAAAGUGGAAAUCCUGCGAUUCGAGUACUAAGUUACAAUACUCUACAACCAGAUGCAGUAACAGAAGUUGAAUUAUCAGGAACACAUCAUGUUUUCCAAACAAAAAGGACGAAAUUCCAUGCAACUCAAAUAACGCCAUUGAAGGAAUUCAGUCCGGGGAAAUAUAGUAUUAAAGUUAAUGGGAAAGAUGCCGGUAGGAUAGAUAUUAAAAUUGGGGGUGUAUAUACUCUGCAAACGUAUGUCACACUGGAUAGUGUAAAAAUUUCUCUGGUAACUGUAACGCCGUCUAAUUCCGUUCAUAUCUUGUGGCUUCUACCUCAGUACAUAACUAUUGCUUUAGCCGAAGUCAUGUUUUGCGUAACUGGACUCGAAUUUGCAUUCAAGCAAGCACCAAGCUCUAUGAAGUCUUUUCUACAAGCUUCUUGGUUAUUCACUGUAGCCUUUGGGAAUGUCAUUGUUGUGAUCAUUGCUGAAGCGAAAUUCUUCGAGCAACAGGUAUCCGAGUUCUUCUUCUUCGCUGGUUUGACAGCUCUGGACUUUUUGUUAUUUGCAAUGCUGACUAGAUCUUAUAAAUAUCACAAUGGAACUGAUUAUGAUGAACCGCCUACAUCUGAUGAAAAAAAUAUCCCAUUAGUCUCGCUGGAAAAGCAGCAGGAGCAGUUGAAAAAUUCACCUGUCGACGAAGAGACCGCUCAAUUAUGGGAAUUCACUCACGAAAUUGCUUAUUAAUAAAACGAAGCAUUUGAACCGACACAUGUCAAUGGACAAUUUCAUUGUACAGUUUGAAAAAAAAAUAAAAUGUAUA